AUCAGUAUAGUUUUAUACUUUACUAUCAUUAUUAAACCUAAUAUUACUUUUAUACUAUUCCGGCUAACCUACUUCUUAAUUAACCCCAAACUAAUUUAUUACUUCGUAAUUAACCGAGUAAAGGUAUACCUUCAUAGUACUAAUUAUUACGCCCUCUAA